AUGAAUUAAUUUUCUUUACCUACAUCAUAAGGAUCACAAAGAAAUUUUAUUCGCCUAUUUGUUAACACUGGCCAAAAGAAGUUUAUAGCAACAGUAGAUGCAUCUAAAUAAGUAAUUUAGCUUUAUAUUUUUAGAAUCUUUCAGAAUAGAUCACUACCUCAUAUGCUUGUACAAUUAAUUAAUUUCAAUAAGAAUCAUUUUCUAAUUAAUACUAAGUGACAAACAUUAGAUAAAAUGGCUUUAGAGUGAUCGUUCCUAAAUAAUAAAACAUUGGUUAAGUUUUAAAUGAUUAAUCUUAUCUUACAUGUGAUAUUCACAAAUCUAAAAUAAAAAAUAAGAGAACUAAUAACAUUUAAAGGAAUGAGAAGAGAUUAAAAAAAAAAAUCAAAGAAUAAUUGAAGACAUAAUUCAAUGAUCCUGCUAUUUCUCCUCCUAAAAUUUUGACUUCUAAUAAAUUUCAUUAAGAGGCAAAAACUCAACAAAACCUAGAAAACUAAAAAAAAAAUUAUCUAGUUUAAAAUUAGACAUAACUAAAGAAUGAAGGAUUAGAAAACAAAUAAAUAUAGAAAGAUUAAAUUAUUGAUAAACUUUAAAGUAGUAAAUUUUAGCAAGAUCCAAUAGAAAAUCUGAAAAGCUUGGCUAAAUCAAACCAAAAUAUAAAUUAAGUUGAAAAAUAGUAGAGAGAUGCCUUUUAAGAGGGUAAAAAAUUUUUUUAUUAACAAGCUCAAAACAAUUCAAAUACUAAAUAAUAGAUAUAAGAAAGCGCAAAUUAGAUUAUCUAACAAUAUGAUAAAAAGAAAGAAUAGUUAAAAAAUUAUCUUAAAUUAGAAUAAAAAUUAGAAGGAUAAGUUGAAAAUAAUUAAAAAUAACCUUUAUAAACAAGUAAAAUCAUGGAAACUAAUAAUGAUAGUAAUCUCUUUUUAAAGUAAGGAUUGGAUUAUAUAGAUGAUUAUUUAAAUUAUUCAAAAGAAAUGCCGAAAGUUCCAAACACUUCCUUUUAAACAAAUAUUGAGCAUACGAUAGGAAAAAAAAAUAAAAACUCUAAUAAAAGAUAUUUCAAUCAAUAAAAAUAAAAUCAUUAAAAUUGGUUUGAAAAAUAAUAAAGAUAAAGUAGCAAUAAAUAUUCAAAGAUUAUAAAUUAGAAUUAGAAUUAGAAUUAAAUUUAAAAAAUUGCUUAAACAAAUAAAAAUUAAAUUGUAUAGUAGAAACACUAAAAUAAAUAACAUUUGGAAUGA